CAGUGGCUGGGGUCCCAGCUGGCAUUCUAUUCUCUCUGCCAGAGUGUCAGCCAUCAACGCCUCGUCGCGGUUCUCGUGUCCUCUGAGGGUUCUACCGUUGCUCAACCGGCCCCGAGUCAUGAGAAAAGUGGGUUGGUUAGACGUCGAUGUCUUGACACCACGACUCUAGUCGCUCGUCAUCAUCCGUCGUUGCAGGACUGGCGCCAACUUGGCAGAAGUGACCUUGCAAACCAAUUUCACUCCAAUAGGAACUCGCUCCUUGGUCCGCCGGUAUGGCGAUAUCACAUUAUGGUUCACCCUGGCGAUGGCAUCUCAAAGGGCUGGACUACAUGGCCAAUCGCGUGGAAAGGGUCGGCUUUGCCGGAGUGCAUUCCUUUAGUCUGGUCGGCUCCUUCCGGGCUGUCGUCUACAAGUCUCUUCUCUAGCCUUGUCCUGCCGAGCAUACACGCUGUCGGUCGUCAGCUUGUUGGCGCAACCCUCUUCGCCAUUCUCAUGCUGGAGCAUCAUCAAAGCAGGCUCGACGAUAACAUAGAACGUGAUGAUGUGGUUAAGCAAGCAUGUUUCCCACACAAAUGA